GAAAGAUUGAUUUCCUUCCUCUCAAUCCAUCGAAUGGGAACAGCAACAGUCGCGGACAUCGUGCAUGAGAUCUUGGAGGCAGAAAGCCUCCCUAUCCCCAGCUCUAGUCUACUGGCGCUCAUCCAGACCCUGGUUGACCAUGCCGAGCACCUUGAGCAGACGGUGUCGGACUUGAACGAGCAGCUGGACAACCUACGCGAGCAAGUGACACUGGGGAAUGCAGCGACAGUCAUCCAGGCGGGGUUUCGCGGAGCCAAGGAUCGAGAGAUAAUCAUGCGCGCCAAGAAGUUUCAACAGCAAGGGACACGGGUGCUCAAGAAGUACCUCCUCAAGAAAGAUCGCGUGCCUGGCUUGCACAAGCUCGACACUCUCCACGGCGACAUCGCACCGAACUUUCGACGACUGAAAGGAUCGCCCAUUUACGGCGGUGCCCAACCCUCCGAAGACGGUAUCAAGCACAUUUUGGACAUCGUCGCGGCCGACGGGUAUUCUAAAGUCGUGUGGGUGACAUUACGUGAGGAAGCUGUGAUAUUUGUCGAAGGCACACCCUUCACAGCGCGGCGUAGUGGGAAGCUAAACGACAACGAUUUGGUGCCAGGAAUGACCGGCCACAAUAUCACCGUGCUUGAAUCGACCCUCAAGAACAGUCUGGUGGACCAAUUAAAGUCUAGCGAUCACAGAUUUGAGUAUUGGCACGAGCCCACGCUGUUGUGCAACGAAUUGGCCGUGACCACUGUCGACCCGAGUCAUGUCUUGACGUUGCCGGAGCUCAUGAGUAGCAUUCAACACACUAGGAUUCGGUCGAUAACGUACUACCGCGCCCCGAUCGACCGCGAAAACUUCCCCGAGCAUUCCAUCUUAGAUCAACUCGUCGAAUGGAUUCACAACGCGGACGCCACGACGGCAAUGAUUUUUAAUUGUCAGAAAGGACGAGGGCGCACGACCACAGCCAUGUCAUUGGCGUACUUGAUCUGGUCGGCGCCGUUGGAAAUGCAAUCGUUCGUGAGCACCCACGCCCAUCCAGAGGUGCGCCUCGUCCGCGCUAUGACGAUGGAUCCUCGCAAUGUCGACUACAAACUUGGUCUGUACAAGGUGAUUCUCGCGCUGUGUGAGAAAUUGGAGCAUGGCGUGCGAACAAAAGGCUGGGUCGACAAAGUCAUUGACGACGCGUCUGCCAUCUACAACAUUCGACUCGUCAUCGAUGAAUAUCGCACUAAAUCCCUCGAAGAAGCGAAACCAGCAAAGAGGUCCUUCUUCCUGCAUCGCGCGUGUCGACUGCUCGAGCGGUAUUUCUACUUCAUCGUGUUUGGAUCGUACUUGACGACAACGCCAACCGACGUGCCGUUCUCGACGUGGCUCCAGGGCCACCCGGACUUGUUCCGUCUCUUGGACACCAUGGGCGGAGCCACGUAUCCGUCGAGUAAAGUGCUGCACAACAACAUUUUGAAAUUCGAUCACUUUCCUGGGUUGAAUCGGCUGCCGAUGGUGCUCGGGCCAAACGUGCCCAACUUUCGUCAAGUCGGGGACUUUCCCAUCUUUGGCACGGCGCAGGUCUUUCAAGAAGGUAUUGUGGACGUGUUGCAGCAUCUGCGCAGUAUCGGCCACCCCAAAGCGAUUUGGAUCAACUUGAGAGAAGAAGUCAUCUUGUACGUGGCGGGCCGGCCAUUCGCCGUGCGCAACCAAGACAAUGUGUUCCUGAACGCGGAAUACCCUGGCAUUGAAGUGAACGAGAUCACGGCGAUCGAAGCGACAUUGAAGAAGGAGCUGAUUGAAAAGGUGUCGAGAAACAACGGUCUCUUCAAACACCUGCACGAACCGCGCGAGUACGUGACAGAGGAAUCGUUUGACGUGAUUUCCCCCGAGAACGAUAUUUUCACGCUGGACGAUGCAUACCAUGCCGUCCGCCGCGCUGGGUUUGACGUCCGUUACGCCCGAAUUCCAGUUUCGGACGAAAUUGCACCCGAGGAGAAAGACUUUGACGACCUCGUGCGGCUGCUGGGUCCGAUCUUCACGUCGGAGGUCGGCAGUCAGCACCCCACGGCGAUCAUUUGCAACUGCCAAAUGGGCCGUGGUCGAACUACAACCAUGUUGGUGUGCAUGUACAUGCUUCGUGCGGUCAUCGCUGGUGCCGUGCCGUCGCAUGUCGAGCCGAAAUCGACGGUGCACUUUGGUGUGAUCGAUGAAUUGGUUGCUACCCUCGACAACGGCCAGGCGAGUUUGGAUUUGGUCAACCAUGCCGUGGACAUGGCCGACCACGUCCAAAAUCUGCGCGAUUGCAUCGAUUCGUGCCGGGAAUUGACCAAGGAGAACGGGCUGUCAGUUGAGAAACAGGAGUAUUUCAUGCAGCGUGCAGUGAACUACUUGGAACGGUACUUUUACUUGAUUUGCUUUGCGUCGUACAUCCUGGACGAGCAGCCAAAGAAGUUUCCGACACUGUUUGUGAACUGGAUGUGCUCGAGAUACGACAAUGCGCUCUACGCCUUGUUGGACAAUCUGAACUUUGACGACAAGAACGAUGACGUGGUGUCGUCGAUGCGGUGGCGAUGGCGCCGAAAGCGAAAGCUUGUGUACCGUUUGGAGUAACAGAAGUGCAUUCCUUCGUGUCGAUGCGACACGACCGAGGACAAGCAAGGUCCACGACGACACUACGGAUGGUGACGACCACCGUUCCAUCGUCGUCGUUCGUGUAAUGCAUCUCUAUCUCAAAAAACCGCGGUGUGAUCUGUCCGC